AUGGCGGAUUUUUUGGUUGAAGUAACAGGAGACCCAGGCGAAGACAUGGGUACACGGUGGAAGCUCCAUGUGGACGGAGCCUCCAACCAGACCUUCGGAGGAGCCGGGAUCAUCCUAGAAAGUCCAAACGGGGUCGUAUACGAACAGUCGGUCAGAUUCGAGUUCCCCAUCUCGAACAACCAAGCAGAAUACGAAGCCCUCAUAGGAGGCUUGACCCUAGCAACAGAGGUCGGCGCAAAAAGGCUGGAAGUAUGCAGCGAUUCCCAAGUCGUCACUUCCCAAGUAAACGGCAGCUAUCAAGCCAAGGACCCCUUGUUGCAGAAGUACUUGAAAAAGGUCAAAAGCUUGAGCCAAAAGUUCGACGAGGUCACGGUCCAGCAUGUACCCAGAGAAAGAAACACACGAGCAGACCUCCUAUCAAAAUUAGCCAGCACGAAGCCAGGGGAGGGAAACCGGUCUCUCAUCCAAGGCAUGACAAGGGAACCUGCAAUUGCACUACACAUAACAACCCUAAGUCCUUCAUGGCUAGACCCCAUCACCAACUACCUAGAACACGGCCAAGUCCCUGGUGACAAAAAGGAUGCGGGGAAAUUAAGGAGAGAAGAUGCCAAAUACGCCGUCAUCCAAGGACAGCUGUUCAGAAAAGGGCUCAGCCAGCCCCUACUGAAGUGCCUACACCCCGACCAAACGGACUACGUCCUCAGGGAAGUCCACGAGGGCUGCUGUGGGCACCACAUCGGAGGAAAAGCCCUAGCAAGGAAGUUGAUCCGAGCUGGGUACUACUGGCCGUCGAUGAUGGCAGAUUCCAAAGAGUUUGUCAAAAAGUGCAUAAAGUGCCAACAGAACGCCAACUUUGCCAAGGCACCGGCAAACGAGUUGAGCUUGCUGACGACCUCCCGGCCAUUCGCUCAAUGGGGAAUCGACCUCUUAGGGCCCUUCCCUGUCGGCCCUGGGCAGGUGAUAACACGGUUCGGGAUACCAGAAGUCGUCAUCUCGGACAACGGCACACAAUUUGCUGACAAAAAGUUCACAGAAUUUCUCAACGGCCUAGGUAUAAGGCAAAGGUUCUCUUCGGUAGAACACCCUCGGACGAACGGACAAGUGGAGUCCGCCAACAAGGUUAUCCUUUCAGGGCUAAAAAAGAGGUUGGACAACAAAAAGGGUGCUUGGGCCGACGAGCUGGCAUCGGUCCUCUGGUCUUAUCGAACAACCGAGCAAUCCUCCACCAAGGAAACCCCUUUCCGACUAACGUACGGGGUGGAUGCAGUAAUACCCGUGGAGAUCGGUGAACCAAGCCCGCGAUUGCUUUUGAAAGGAGUAGAGGAAACUGUAGAAAAGGACCUGAUAGAGGAAGCCCGAGAAAUGGCCCACUUGACAGAAACGGCGCUAAAGCAAAGAGUGGCGCUCCGCUACAACACUAAAGUGCUCAAAAGGAAAUUCGGGGCAAACGACCUCGUCCUGAGGCAAAAUGAUAUCGGCCUGCCGACCCCAGGAGAAGGCAAGCUAGCGGCCAACUGGGAAGGCCCAUAUAGAGUCAAGAAAGUGAUGGGAAAAGGGGCCUUUAAGUUAGAAAGGCUCGAUGGCAAGGAGGUCCCGAGAACAUGGAACGCGGACAACCUUAGAAGAUUCUACUCCUAG